AUGCGUAGCCAUCGUCGACACAUUCUUAUUGCCUCCUGUUUUUGUUGCCUUCUUUUUUCAUCAAUUUCGGCGGCGCGAGUCCAGAAGGCUUCCAAGAAACACCUCACAAGAGUCAAGCAACUGUUGAAUGGUGAGGCGGAGAGACACAAUGCAUUAAUACAGAGUGAUUCAGUAAAUGUGUUUGACAACAUUCAAAGAAAUCCGAAUGCUGGGGUUCAUCAUGAUGAAUUGGCAGUGAACAACGCUGACGAGUAUUUUCAAGGAGACGUCGACCUAUCGGAACAGCAAGUCAAAAUAAUUGAGGAUCAGUUUACAGAGGGUAAACGAGAAAAGAGAAAGAUUGGAAGAACUCCAUUGUACAAGAAAUGGGACACACAGGGACCGAUUAGUUUUGAUUAUGCAGAAAGUAUACCUUUUCAAACAAGGCAAAAAAUUAGAAAUGCAAUGCUUUUGUGGCAACAACACACUUGCAUUCGAUUUGAAGAAGGAGGACCGAAUGUUGACAGAUUAGAGUUUUUCGAUGGAGGAGGAUGUUCUUCGUUUGUUGGAAGAGUUGGUGGAACACAAGGAAUUUCAAUUUCUACACCGGGAUGUGAUGUGGUUGGCAUUAUCAGUCACGAAAUCGGCCAUUCAUUAGGUAUAUUCCACGAACAAGCAAGACCAGAUCAGGAACGACACAUUGCCAUUAACUACAACAAUAUACCUCUGUCAAGGUGGAAUAACUUUCAAGCAGUUGGAGAGAAUCACGCUGAAACAUACAACUUACCUUAUGACACAGGAAGUGUGAUGCAUUAUGGUGCUUAUGGUUUCGCCUCUGACCCGUACACUCCCACUAUCAGAACAUUGGAGAGAGUUCAGCAAUCAACUAUCGGACAGAGAGCGGGUCCAUCGUUCUUGGAUUAUCAAGCGAUCAAUAUGGCCUACGGAUGUACAGAAUCUUGUCCUGAUCUCCCAUGUCUCCGAAAUGGGUACCCACAUCCUAAUAAUUGUUCAACGUGUGCAUGCCCUGAAGGAUUAUCGGGCAGGUUUUGUGAGCAGGUCUACCCGUCAAAUUCUCAAUGUGGUGGUGUGAUUUUUGCUACAAAAGAAGUAAAAUAUAUCACAAGUCCCAACUACCCUGAUAAGUUCCCAUUGGAUACUGAAUGUAAUUGGAUUAUUGCGGCUCCAAUAGAAGGCAGAGUGUUCAUGGAGUUCGAGGGAGACUUCGAUUUCCUUUGUGAAGACACAUGUGACAAAGCUUACGUGGAAGUCAAAUAUCAUAGUGACAAGCGAUUGACUGGUGCGAGGUUCUGUUGUUCUCUACUACCCAAGAACCGAUUUAUUUCCUUCAAAAAUGAAAUGAUUAUCAUAAUGAGAGGGUAUAGAUCAAGUGGUGUUGGGUUUAAAGCAAAGUUCUGGUCGAAUUUGGGAGAACCGGAAGGAGUUGUCACACCAAUGCCACCAACUACCGCUCCAGUACCUGAAAUUGAAGAAACUACUAAAGAACCAGAGCCAGAAACGACUAUCACACUGCCAACGACAAUUCAAACAACAACUCUUCCAAGAAGGACAUCCAAGAAGCAGUUCUUCACACGGAAACCGAUCACUGUCCCAUUGAUCCCACCAUCUUUUGUCACAGUACCGAUUACUACUACCACAACAGUUGCCACAACUGUAACAACGGAAUCAACAACUGUAACGACUACAGCUGCUCCAACACAACCAACAUUUGUGACAGGAGAGACUGAUAUAACUAUUCCAAGCACAGCGGCUACUCUCUUCCCAACUUUGUCAACAAUAAUUCCACCAAUCAACCCACUCGUUGGAGUUCUCCCAUCUACACAAGCCCCAGAUAUUAUCAAUAGUGUUUUGGAAUGCGGUUGUGGUGCUUGGUCUGAAUGGCAAGGGGAGUGCUCACAACAAUGUGGUGGAUGUGGACACCGAUUGAGAAAGCGAGAGUGCAAAAAAGAGGCUUGCAGAAAAGAAGAAAAACGACCCUGCAAUUUUUCUGCGUGCCCAGACGGCACCAACUUCCUUAUUAAUAACUCUGAAUUCCAUAUUCUCUGGAGAGGAUGUUGUGUGGGACUCUUCAGAUCUGGUGAUCAAUGUUCUGCACUAGAAACAGAGUCAAAUCCAUUCUUCAAAAUAAUCAACAGCCUACUCAACAUACAAGACGCCAAGAAAAAUGAGACACUAAUUGCAAAACGGAUGAUGAGAGGUGAACAUUAA